AUGAGAGCUGAGGUGACGAUUUGCAACGAGAAUAGUCCAAGCCAGUGUGGGACAGAUGAGUUCCAAUCUGAGACCUUCUGCUGCCAACUUUGUCCUGCUGGCACCUACUUCAUUAAAUCAUGCCAGAGGAACCACAGUAUGAGUGAGUGUGUCCCAUGUGAGCUUGAAAACUACAUGGACCACAGUAACAGGGAGUUUUCCUGUUUUCUCUGCUCUCAGUGCCGGGAUGACCAAGAGGAGGUGUCAGAAUGCUCCCAGAUGGCUAAUCGUAAGUGCCAGUGCAAGCAGGGCACCUACUGUAACUCUGAAAACUGUGUGGAGAAGUGCCUUCCAUGCAGCAGCUGUCCUAACGACAGAGUCAUCAGGCAAUGCAACGCCACGAUGGACACACUGUGUGACACAUUUGAGUCAAACUCAGGGAUGCCAGAUUGUCACUGUCUCUGCCUGUCUGGCCCUCUGACUGUUAUAGUUGUCAUAGCUGCUGUCAUCAUCAUCAUUGCUGCUAUCAUUGCUGUCAUUUGGUGUGUUUUAAAAAGAGUUCUUUCUCCGUCCACUGCACCAAGGAGUCUAAAUUCACCUCGUGUUUCAGGAGAGGAGAUUCAGCUCUCCUCCAAUAUGCUACAAAAUUCUGAGUAAACAGAUGGCAUUCCUGAAGCUAACCGGACUUAAGGACACUGAUAUUCCUGAGCAUGGAAGUAGAAGCUUGGUAGUACUUGUGGAAUAUCUCUUUACACUACGUGAAUAUAUAUCAUUGGUUUAAUAAAGAAGCUGAGUGGCCAAUAGGUGGACAAGUAGAGGUUAGGUGGGAGGGCCAAAUGAAGAGGAUGCUGGGAAGAAGGACAGAGUCUGGGAGUUAUGAGCAAAAGCAAAGAAAAGCAAGAUGAGCAUGCUGUGCUGAGAAAAAGCACCAAGCCAUGUGACAAAGCAUGGAUA